AGACCCACUUUCUAGUCAACAAAGCUUCUUUUCUUUUUGUACUGCCCCCAUGGGGGUUUUCUUGUGCACGUCUUUGGCAAUGGAGUUUGAUGGCUCUUCGCAACAGCUGGACGUCGUCUGUCGCUUUGCCUUUUAUUUUGAAAAGCCGAAAGCGGAAGUGGCAUUUUCUCUGCUGGCUCCGGCGCCGCUGUGCAGGAGAGAGGGGGCCAGUGUCUCACCAGGCGAGGCGGUGCAGCCUCAGUUGGUCUCAGGACACGACCGGAGUGAGGACGGAGCGCGGCCACAGUCCGUGAUGGAUUAGCAUCGUUUUGUGCAGGCUCCAGAGCUUCACUCCAGGCCCAGGGGCGAAUAAAAGCAGGGUGCUGAAUAUUUUUUUUCGGCAGCAACUCCUCCUGCCCGGCGUGCCGAGAUGGGGAACGGAUUAUCGGAUCAUCGCUCCCUUCUCCCGUCCUUCAAGGCUCUUCACAUUGUAAUUCUGGGACUGGACUGCGCGGGCAAGACCACCGUGCUGUAUCGCCUGCGCUUCAAUGAGUUUGUGAACACUGUCCCGACUAAGGGUUUCAACACGGAGAAGAUCAAAGUGUCAGUCGGGGGCAGCCGGCGGACGGCGGCCUUCCACUUCUGGGAUGUGGGCGGCCAGGAGAAGCUGCGGCCGCUGUGGCGCUCGUACACGCGCUGCGCCGACGGCCUCGUGUUCGUGGUGGACUCUGUUGACGCCGAGCGCGUCGAGGAGGCCAAGACGGAGCUGCACAAGAUCACGCGGCUGGCGGAGAACCAGGGCGUGCCGGUUCUGGUGGUGGCCAACAAGCAGGACCUGAGGAACUCGCUGAGUCUGGCCGAGAUGGAGAGCAUGUUGGCUCUGGGCGAGCUGAGCAACUCCACGCCCUGGCACCUCCAGCCCGCCUGCGCCAUCAUCGGCGAGGGACUGCAGGAAGGUCUGCAGAAGCUGCACGCCAUGAUCACGAAGAGGAGGAAGAUGCUGCGGCAGCAGAAGAAGAAGAAGAGAUGACGCGCUCGGUGCAGGAACUACAAAAACGCGAGCUGGACCCGAGGCAACGCGAGAACUACUGCGAGCUGCGUGAAGUCGGCUGGUUCAUUGGGUUUGCUACGAGAAAGAGACACAACCAUUCUUGUCCAGUAAUUCGGCCGCCCCUCCCACGCCUGACCGGCCGAGUGUGAGCAUUCCAGUGGACUGUUGUGUCGGCCAGCGCUUGGCUCCUGUGGAGGACAGAGGGGUUGAUUUUUUUCCCCCCCUGCGGACUUUCCUGUGAAGGCAGUAUAAUGCUUUACAGCAGCAAGCUAUGAAGUUUACACUGAAGACAAAGAGAGACAAUGAGCUCAGAUUUGUCUGUUUUAUGUUUUUGUUAAUACGCGUGCUGCUUCUCCAGUCUUUGGAUUUUUUAGUCAAAGCUUGUGUUGAGCUUGCAGACAGGGCCAUAUUAGAGAAAAUUCCUCAAAGUGGUGUAUGUCAGCACAGCAGGGGUGAACAGCGCACUGGAAAGUUGUACUCACAAACAGUACUGUUUUCUCUAAGGACAUUUUACUCAAGCAGGAGUAAACCUACUUGUGUUCUCAGAUAAAAGUAAUGAGUAAACCAGUACUCUCAGUAAACGGGGGGGGGGGGGGGGGGUUACAAAAUAAAUAGCUUUAAAAUAUAAAUGUAUGUACCUUAUAUAGAAUACAUUCCUUCUCUGUAGACACAGACAGGCACUUUACAUCCCGAUUGAAAACACCUCCCUAUAGCCUUACCAGGACAAUCUAGAAACAAAGAGGGUAAAACUUCUGAAAAUUAAACAACAAUGACCUACAAUAGAUAAAGGAUAGGACAGGCAUAGGACAGUUUGACACUCGUUCCAAGUAGAGACGGCACAAUUGAGCAUCACUUUGUCCAACAGUGCGGGGACGUCAACUAUACAAACCCCACACGUGUAUAUAAAAUGAACAGAACAGGCCUGUGUAGUGCACACACACACAACGCUACCUUGCUAAGGAACAUAGUGAUCAUCAGUGAUUCGUUGUCCGAUUUGCCGUCAUUCUUUUAGCCAUGUGACGUCCUCAAAGUAACCAAGUGCAAUACUUAGGAGUAAUAUUACUCCAAAAAAAAUCAAAAUAUUAUUAAAACAAAUGGCUUUAUUACAGCAAGGAGAGUACGUGUAACUUGCCAAUCACACCCCAGGAGUACAGUAACAACAUUUUGUGUCCGUGUCGCACAAUGAGAGAGUCAAGUCAAGAAGUUUACAUGCCGAUAAAGUACAGUACAGGGUGUACAAUGACUGACUAUUCUCAGCAGCACACGUCCAUCGUCCAAACGCGCCAGUGCUAAAUGUCAGGUUUUUGGUGUCUGCCCUUCAGAAUGUAGAAGAGUGGGUUUUUCUUUUUACUCCGACAUGAAGUCAGCAGUGUUGUUGUUUUCAGCACAAGGCUGCUACUUGCUCUGUACCAGAACAGGACCUUUGCCGUUGAGAAUAACUGAAAGUCACAUUACAAUUUAACACAGAUUUAUCGGCGAGGGUGAGAGCCAGUUAGAAACAAGCAACGUCACUUAGAUGCCAAAGAAAUUUGAAAUAGUUCAGAUUAAUUUAAAAUCAUCGCUAUACCAUACACCUGAAAUGUUAUCAGGUUUUUAAACGUGCAACCGGUGAUAUUAUUAUUGCCUUUAAAAAUGUGGUAUUGGUAAAGCCGUGUUAUACACUGUGCUCCAGCAGUAUAAGCUGUUUUAUUUCAUUGAAUCCGCUACUAGCUAGUGGCUGGUUGCCUUGUGAGCUAACAUUGAUUUAGGACCGUCAGCUGGCUCAUCUUCAACACUAGUAUUGAAACAAUAGCCCAAGUUUUGGUAAAGAAACCUUUUUUGAUAUCCUGCCAUGAGAAAAUGUCAAUGUAUGUUUUUUUUCUACAAAGCUCUGUUUUUUUUUCAUCAGAGAAAAUGAGCUACACUUGUCAAAUGUCAUAUGUAUAAACAUAAGCAUCCGUACGUUAGCUUUCCAUGAAUAAAAGGCUAAAAUGCUGCUUUAAUUCGAAUAUUUUGAUAAAAUAAGAAGACGCAUUGAGACGCCUACUUGGCAGUUUACUCACUAGCUUACAUGUUAUUGCUCUCCUGAUGGAACUGAUUUUAAAACCCAUUUCGAUCGUCUGCGGUGCAGUUUGUUCAUGUGAGCUUACAUUAAUUUCGCUUACAUUAGUUUGCACCCCAUAACCUACCACUGCUGUUGACAACGAUUCUGUGCUCAUGCUUUGGGAGCUGGCUAUUAUUGUCCGUCAAGUUCAUUUAAUACUGCGUCAUUUGUCAACCAUCAGUUGCACUCAUAUUUUCUUUUUCAGUUGUAGUCUAUGUUUUGAUUGUUAUUAAGUCACACGCGUGAUGCAUCAUUUACCGCGAUGAAAGGUUUUGGAGUUGACUACUUCAACACAAAAUGGAUGAUUGUAGAAAAUAGCCCGAGAGCCACCCGUCAUCUCCCCGUGGCUGUAAGAGGUUGAGAAAUCAUUGGCUGGGUGAAGCUGCGACUUUGUUACCUGCAUAGCUCCCUGCACAUGUGUCUGGAUGUGAAAACGUGGUGAUCAACAGGCCCGGCAGAAAUGGCUGCCUGUCAAGAGUCUGGAGUCGGACACCAGCCUCGCCCAUCUGACCUGGCAGUCACAAGAACCCAGCAGAGCCGGCACCUGAAUGCACUUUAGCUGUCCCUUUUCCCCAAAACUUCAAAUGGACACUGACCCGAGUUGUGAUUCUGAAACUGAAAGAAGUGGAAAUAUUGCUUCAAAAGAAGCGUUAUAAUGUAUAAAUGAAACAUGUUGUUCCCAGGUGUCACUCUCCCACUCUGUUUGUCAGGGUGUUGCUAUUUAUGUGUUCUUAUCCACUUUGUCCACUUGGAAUAAAAGCAACAAAAAAGGA